AUGGCGAACCGGACGGUGAAGGAUGCGCACAGCAUCCAUGGCACUAACCCGCAGUACCUGGUGGAGAAGAUCAUCCGCACCCGCAUCUACGAGUCCAAGUACUGGAAGGAGGAGUGCUUCGGCCUGACGGCUGAGCUGGUGGUGGACAAGGCCAUGGAGCUGAAGUACGUGGGGGGCGUCUAUGGAGGGAACAUCAAGCCUACGCCCUUCUUGUGCUUGACGCUGAAGAUGCUGCAGAUCCAGCCCGAAAAGGACAUCAUUGUGGAGUUCAUUAAAAACGAAGACUUCAAGUAUGUCCGAAUGCUCGGUGCGCUGUACAUGAGAUUGACAGGUACCGCCAUUGACUGCUACAAGUAUCUUGAACCGCUGUACAAUGACUAUCGAAAAAUAAAAAGUCAGAACAGAAAUGGGGAAUUUGAACUGAUGCAUGUGGACGAAUUUAUUGAUGAGCUACUCCACGAGGAACGCGUAUGCGAUAUCAUUCUGCCUCGAUUACAGAAACGCUAUGUUCUGGAAGAAGCUGAGCAACUCGAGCCUCGUGUUAGUGCUUUGGAAGAAGACAUGGAUGAUGUAGAAUCUAGUGAGGAGGAGGAAGAGGAAGAUGAAAAGCUGGAACGAGCACCCUCUCCUGACCACCGCAGAAGAGGCUACAGAGACCUUGACAAACCUCGCAGAUCUCCAGCUGUGCGGUACAGGCGGAGCCGAAGCAGGUCUCCAAGAAGGCGAAGCCGCUCUCCAAAGAGAAGGAGUCCAUCACCACGCCGGGAGAGGCAUCGCAGCAAAAGCCCAAGACGACACCGGAGCAGAUCCAGGGAGAGACGCCACAGAUCGAGAUCCAAAUCUCCAGGGCAUCAUCGUAGUCACAGACACAGAAGUCAUUCCAAAUCACCUGAAAGAUCUAAGAAAAGUCACAAGAAGAGUCGCCGAGGGAAUGAAUAACAAACUAAAUCCAGCACACAGUUUAAGGACCUUGAACUGCAGUCUAAUACUGUCCUAUUUGCUUUACGGGACAGCUGGAUAUGUACUGGCUGCUUUAGCAGUCCAUUUCUUUAAUCCUUCUCCUCUUGUACAAGUCUUGUUUGUUUUUUAAUUAAAAGAAAGCUAAGGAUACUUUUUAUGUAGUUAG